UUCCCCUCGAAAGUACACAGCAAGACAGCAUGGACGUGUUCGACGUUGCCCCGACCCACGCCGCCUACGCCGAGUUCCAGGCCGAGUAUGAGCGCAAGAUCCAGGAGACCGCGCUCGAGCAUGCCAAGGUCGCGGAAGAGAACCGCGCCAAGGCCUUCGAGGUCAUGGAGCAGUUCAAGGCCGAGCGCGAGCGCCUCCGCGAGGCCAAGAUCCUCGCCAACCGCACGCAGGAGCAGGCCGCGGUCGAGAAGCUCGAGGCCGACAUGGUGAGCCCGAACCCGUGGGAGCGCGUCGUGACGUUGGUCGAGCUUGAGUCGAUCAAGGCCAAGCAUGCGAAGCGCGCGGCCGCCGAGGCCCGCGCCCGUGGUGACAAGCCCGAGGAGAAGAAGCACAUGGACUCGGAAGACGUCGACGUGACGCGCAUGAAGCAGAUUUUCCUGCAGCUCAAGCAGGAGCCGCUCGACGCGACGCGUGCCUUCAACGCGGCGGCGUAAGAUGACAUAUAGGCCAAUACAUGACUGUAGUUAGUAUCUAUUCCGACGUCUCCAUCUUGGCGAGCACUUCCUUCGUGCUCUGCUUGAG